GGGGUGGGUGUCGAGAAGUUCGCCUCAGGACCUUUGCCUGGCCCCGCCCCCGCCCCUGUUGCUGUUGCGACGCAGCUGCUUGUGGCUGUUGCUGCAGCGGGACCGCCCAUCAUGGAAGAGACAGGCGAGGAGCCCCCAACAUCAGCUGUCCUGCUGGAUCAUUGCCAUUUCUCUCAGAUCAUCUUUAACAACGUGGAGAAGUUUUACAUCCCUGGGGGAGACAUCACAUGCCAUUAUACCCUUACCCAGCAUUUCAUUCCCCGCCGAAAGGACUGGAUUGGCAUCUUUAGGGUAGGAUGGAAGACAACCCGAGAAUAUUACACCUUUAUGUGGGCUACUUUGCCUGCUGACCUCAAUAGUAAAUCAUCCUUGCAGCAACAAGUGCAGUUUAAAGCUUACUACCUACCUAAAGAUGAUGAAUAUUAUCAGUUCUGCUAUGUGGAUCAGGAUGGUGUUGUCCGGGGAGCCAGUGUCCCUUUCCAGUUCCGUCCAGAAAGUGAGGAGGACAUCUUGGUGGUCACCACUCAGGGAGAAGUGGAGGAGAUUGAGCAGCUCAAUAAGGAACUUCGCCAACAAAACCAGGAGCUGAAAGACAACUGUGUUAGUCUCCAGAAACAGAACUCAGACAUGCAUGCUGAACUCCAAAAAACUCAGGAACUGCAGGAGAGACUAGAGUCGCUGACAGAGAUCAACAAAACAUUGGAGCAGAAGGUCAAUGUCCUGAAUGAAGAAAACAAGAGUCUGAAAGUACAGAAGGGCUGUUGGGAGACAGAAUUACUUCAAUUUAAAGUACAGAACCAGAAUGUGGCCUCAGAAAAUGAGAAAAUAUGUGUCAGGCUGAAGACUACUCUUGAUCAUCUUGAUCAGCUUCAGGAACAGAUUUCCAUACAAGAGAAAGAAAUGGAGAAGCUGUCUCAGGGAGACCGGGACAAGACAGAGCAGUUGGAGCAUUUGAAGAAGGAAAACGAACAGCUACUUCUCAGUUUGACAAAACAGAGGGAGCACCAGCAGAAGCUUGAACAGACUGUGGAGGAAAUGAAGCAAAAGGAAACUGCAUCAACCCGGAAGCACCAGGAACUCACGAACCAGAUCAGUGACCUGAUGAAGAGGCUAGAUGAGAACAAGUUUUUCUAUCAGGAGCUACAGAGGGAGAAGACCAGAGUAGAAGGAGAAAAAGAUCUCUUGCAGAAGGAAAACCAGAAGCUACUGUGUUAUGUCUGCGAGAAGUCUGACUCUAAACUGCUCUCUAAUCCUGCUCCUGUUCAAGAAGCCCUAGAAGAAAACACUGGACUCAUCUUUGGAAAUCCUUAUUCUGCUACCCAAGAUAUCCAUGUCCCCAGCCUGCCCUCUAUCAAAAAGUGCCCCAUCUGCCAUGGGGUCUUCCCUGAUGAUGUGGAAGAAACCGUCUUCCAGCAGCACCUGCAGACCCAUAUCCUGGACUGUCCAUAUUGUGAUGAGGUCUUCUCAGAGGCUGAGCGACAAGUGUAUGAUGACCAUGUGUUCUGCCACUCACUUUAAAAAGUGUCACAACUGCUUGGCCUCAGGUAGAGUAGGCCAAAAAGCCCCUCUUAAGAGUAAUGGGUCAAGAUUGAUUCUAAAUCUGAAACUACUAAAUCUACUCAGUCCUUCUUUCUUCUGAGGAUGGCGUCCUGAUGACCCAUCUUUACGAUACUUUUUAACUUUCAUCCUUUUGGAUCAGUCUUUGUUAGCUCAGAUAACAGCUCGGGCUUUACCAGCCUGUAGCCUUUACUUUUCUAUAAAGGGACUCAGUGAGACAGCCCCAGAAUGAGGCUGUCCUGGCUUUGCAUUCCAGAGCCUGGUCUAGGCACUGAAAUGAUUAGCCCUCUCUUGUCACCUAACUGCUGUUGAAUUGGUCAAGCCAAGAUGAAGCGAGUCCAAGUGAAUUUGCACUGCUUUCAGUUAUAGCCCUGCAUUUAGAGUUCAUUCAAAGAAAUGACUGGGAAUUUCCUUUUGUUCACUAACCCUUUAUCUCCAACUAGCUGCUUUGGUUGGUCACAUUUAGCAAAGCAGAGAACUGAUACAUCCAGGCUCUCAUCUGGCCAUGUGAAGUAUCUUGCCCCAGCCUCCCCCUUCCUCAUAGAAGUAACUUUUUUAAAGAAACAAGUAGGGGGAGUUCUGUGAUCUUGAGCACAGGAAAUCUCAGGAGAUACCUCUCUGGCUGUCACUUCCUGACUUAGGCUCUUUUCUAUGCAAAUAUACAACCCUUGCUGUAAUGGCCUUUCAUAGUGAAUAAUUAGAAGCCAGUGGUUUGGAAUUGUUUUCCUGAGCAGCAGGUGGGUUUGAAUUAUUUUGGAUAAGCAAGAAUAAUGGAUACUGAGUUCUGUUAAUCUCUUGAUUGCUAAAGUCAAAUAAAAUCUUCAUCUAUUUCUGUGACUGGUGAUUUAAGUCGA